GAUACCACCUCAACACGGAACUGACAAGACACUCACCAAGUGUCCGUCUUCGGAGAACAGAAAAACAAUCAGUCUUUCUAUAGGAGUAAGAACUGUACUCCCUGAGAAGAUGAGAGGAGACAAUUGCAGCUGGUUAGGAGCAGAGAUCCCACUGUCAUGGGAGUUGUUCAGUGUGGUUAAGGAUGAGCUCUGGUUGUUUAUCAUUCCUGCCGGUUUUGCUGUGAUCAUUCUGGCCCUGUUCCUAGAAGAGGUGGGCUUCUUCCUGCGUCAUGUGCCCUCCUCCAGACGCCGGUGCCUCUACCUGUGGAUACUGGGCAUGUACCCGGUCUUUGGCUUAACCUCCAUCAUUGCGCUGUAUGUUCCUCGCUCCUCCUCACUUUGUAAUUUCAUAGCUUCUUUGUACCACUCAAUCACUCUGCUAAAGUUUAUGGGGCUCAUCACAGACUUCUUUGGGGGAAAGGCCCGCAUGCUGGAGAUCUUAGCUGGAGAGCAGGUGUCUCCAGAUCCAUUCCCAUGUUGCUGCUGCUGUUGCCUCCCUAUGAUAGCGAUCAACAGGACCAGCCUGGGAUGGAUGAUGGCUGCUGUGCUUCAACUGUCUGUGGUCAGAACCAUCCUGUUCUUUGUCACUCUGGUCCUCUGGACAGAUGAGCAGUAUGACUAUGGACAUGUGGAUUCUGUCAAUCCCAAUGUGUACGUGAAUGCCAUCAUAAGCGUGUCUACCUUCCUGUCUUUCUAUGGCCACUUGCUGUUUUACAAGGCCACCAAAAAGGCUCUGCCUGGCUAUGGGCUGAGGGCCAAGUUUGUCUGUAUCAUUGUAGUGUUGGUGCUGUGUGGCCUUCAGAAUGGAAUCCUGGAGACCAUGGGGGCCCUGGAGGUGGUGCCCUGCUCCCCUCCCUUCUCUGUUCUCAUGCGUUCCCAGUUAAUUUACCACUACUCUGUGAUUGUGGAGAUGUUCUGCAUAUGCCUCUUUGCCCGCCACACGUUCCGUAAGGUGGAGCCCAGUCCGGAGGAGGCCUUUGGGUUGGAGGAGAGGCCCCACAGAGGCAUACUGGAGAAGGCAGUUCAGACUGAGGACGUGGUGCCACUCAGGGAGAACCCCUGGCCUGGCUGGUGUGGCGCUGGUGUCUCCAAUCCCGACUAUAACAGUGACAGCAGUGAGGACAGCCUCUGUAAGAUCGAACACGCCUCCCUGGAUCGCUUCCCUUUCCCUCUUCAACUCAGACGUCAAAAGAUGAUGCUAGAGAAGGUAACUGAUGAAAGUGCCACUUUGGAGCUGUCCAAGCUGACUGUUACUGCUGACAUCAACUUUGCGGAGUCUAGGGAUGUUACUGUUGUUUGACAAUAUGGAAUGGACUGUCCUGGAAUCUCCUAACAGGAGAGCAACAUGGGUCCCCUCCAGGAAAUGGAAGAGAGAUACCACACCGCUUGAGGGAGUACCUUGCCCAGUUUUUAUUUUUAUGUAUAUUGACUGAGAUCAUGCAUUUAUUCAUUCCUCAGCUGAAUGAAGAUGGUAGCUAAUGGUGUGGUAGGAUAUUUUUUUUCUACCCAUAAUGCUUGCCUACAUUUUAUAUCGAGCAUGCUCAGUACAUUUUGUUUUGCAAUGUUAUCUCAAAAAGCCAAUAAAUUUUUUUAAAGCCUAUUGCACAAUA